GGUUUUAGCUAGCCCAGACAGUUCCUUAUAUUAGAAUCCUCAUCAUUCAUCUAGGGUUUACCGAUAACGAGCUUCCUUGCGUGUCUGCAGCUAGCUAAAAGGAAGGGUUUGCAUCGUCACCUGUUAACAAUCAUGAUUAUUCCAGAGAAGAAUAGGAGGGAGAUCUCAAAGUAUCUCUUUCAAGAGGGAGUUUGCUAUGCAAAGAAGGAUUUCAACCUUGCAAAGCACCCGAAUAUUGAUGUCCCAAAUCUGCAGGUUAUUAAGCUGAUGCAGAGCUUUAAAUCCAAGGAGUAUGUUCGUGAAACGUUUGCAUGGAUGCACUAUUACUGGUACCUCACAAAUGAUGGGAUUGAGUUUCUGAGGACUUACCUUAAUCUUCCAUCAGAAAUUGUUCCUGCCACGUUGAAGAAAUCCGCCAGGCCCUCUGGUCGGCCAAUGGGUGGCCCACCUGGUGACCGGCCCCGAGGCCCACCACGCUUUGAAGGAGACCGUCCAAGAUUUGGCGACCGGGAUGGGUAUCGAGGAGGUCCUCGAGGGGGUGAUUUUGGUGGUGAAAAAGGAGGUGCUCCAGCAGAUUUCCAGCCCUCAUUUAGGGGCUCCGGUGGAAGGCCUGGCUUUGGCCGUGGAGGUGGAGGUUAUGGUGGAGCUCAAUCCAGUUCUGCUGGCUUUGCUUGAAGAUCUUAUUAACCUAAGUAUUGUUUUGGUGCCUCUAUCCGACUUAGGAUUUUGUAAGCGAGAAAUUAGAGUGUGGAGCUUGAUUUAGGACUUGAGAUGUAUUCUUAUUUUUAUUUAUGAAAAAAACUUAGGUUUUUUUGGUAAUUAAAUUUGGAAUUGCGUUUCUGUAUUACUAUUUCAAUAGUCUAUUGGUGCUUGUUUCCACACCUAGCCUUGGGCAUAGAUGAACUGGACAUUACGGAGGCGUGGUGUUGCCAGUCUACAUGAAUCCAUGGGUAAACCUCUACGUUUUGUUUUUGCGCG